CUGAAGUCAGGGGCAACAGAACCAAGACGGAUGCGAGGCUGUUCCUGAGUUGUGGCGAGACCACGGUACAUGAAAGGUGCAGCUCUGGCACGAGCAGCCAGAGGCUGGCAUGCCGAUGCGCGAGACAAAGCUCUGGGUGCUGAUCUGAAGAAUGAUGACAUUGUGUAUAUGUCUGAUUCUUGACCACGUUUACGUCAUUUAUGGCCGCCCGAUCUCGGCUGUUACUAUCCAGCUUCGAAGCUUGACCACAAACAUCUCUCCAUCACGACCGCCCUUCUCAAAGAUUCCCCAUCGCGCAAUGGAGAAGAUUCAACCUAUCUGGCUAUCAUUGACUGCUUGGAGGGAACAGUGCUUAGUAAGUCGCAUGUGCGGAAGUGUGCCUCUGCCGGACUUCUCUACCGCGGAAUACCGGCGAGUCGACUGCGGAGCAUCUCCGCAUAUCAAGGUGGGCAAGGUCGUAAACACAAGUAGCUACCCCGCGGCACUUCUAGGGUCCUCGGCCAAGUGUAUCAUUCUGCCCUAUCUCCUUCUAAGCCUAGGAGCUUUGUAGGUAGUCAGCCCAUACAGUACAUCCUGUCCUAAAUCAAUCCACCACCUUCACGUCAUGGCUGCAGUACAGAAGGUCGCUUUGAUCACAGCUGGCACAGCUGGCUUAGGUGCUGCUAUUGCCCGUGUACUGGCACCAGACUUUCGAGU